AUGUCGAAACAUCAUAUUUUAGUAGCUGGAGCGACAGGACCAUCUGGACUGGCUUUCUGCAAUGCUGCUCUAGAUGCAAAACAUAGGUUAACGCUGUUCGUGCGCAAUCCAUCGAAGGUGCCGCAGGCCAUCGCCCAGAACACGAAUGCAGGAAUCAUAGAAGGAGGGCUUGAUGACAUGGUCGCCCUUGAGGCUGCAGCCAAAUGUGGCGCCGAUAUUUUCGUCUCUUUUAUCGGCCCAAUUUCUGGCCACAAAGGCACACCUCUAACAGAAGGCUACAAACGCCUCCUUCCACUUCUCGCCAGCAGCAAUUACAAGCGCGCCAUGAUCCUUGGGACACCAUCAUGGGCCUCGUCUGAGGACAAGCGAUCACUGUUAUGGCAAAUGUCUAUUGGGUCCAUAGCGUUGUUUUUCCGUGAUGCCUACAAAGACUUUGUAGGAAUAGGAAACUACGUCACUUCACUACCUUUGAGCGAGAUCAGAUGGACGUUAUUCCGCGUCCCUUUCCUGACAGACGCAGCCCCUAGCGAAGUCCACGCUGGACCAUUGGGUGCUCCGCAUAUAAAUUUGAAGCUAUCGCGAGCUUCCAUGGCGAAUUGGUUGCUUCAAGAGAUUGACAAAGCUCAGUGGAUUGGAAAGACUCCAUGCCUAUCAAACUAUCAAUAG